CUGCCUUUCUGUCCAAACUGGAUAGAAUUGCCAGAAAUCGUCAGAACGGAUGUCGGUACGUUUACGGAGCUGGACAAGUGCCGCUUAGAAUUUUUGGAAGGUAUCCCAGUUGGUGUUGCGAUAGCCGAUCUUCACGGGUCGAUCAUAUCCGUCCGUGGACACUACGAAGGAGCUGAUCAUGCUUGUAAGUUAGGAUUUUGUUUACUGCUGAGCCUGCCUUUCUGUCCAAACUGGAUAGAAUUGCCAGAAAUCGUCAGAACGGAUGUCGGUACGUUUACGGAGCUGGACAAGUGCCGCUUAGAAUUUUUGGAAGGUAUCCCAGUUGGUGUUGCGAUAGCCGAUCUUCACGGGUCGAUCAUAUCCGUCCGUGGACACUACGAAGGAGCUGAUCAUGCUUGUAAGUUACGGAUUUUGUUUGCUGAGCGUCAGAAAUAUUACCUAACGACGGGCGAUGUGAAGGUUUCUUCGCAACUGGAGCACAACUCACCAAUUUGUGUUCCUGAGAUAAAAUCGCUGUUUACCGCAGAACGAGGCUCAGUGGAUACUGGAGUGGAGAUACGUGGUCUCAAGUCGGAUACGUCUUUAAUACAGGUGAAAUUGAAAGAGGUUUGCAAACCACGAUGUGCAAGUUUGCUGCGUACCGUGCCAUAUGCGUCGCAAAGGAGGCGAAGCGGUCGCUAA